AUGUCCUCUUGUUCAAGAACAAGAACAAAAGCUCCAAGAUCGGCCAGAAGCCGUAGAAAUGGUGGUUUCUCUUCUUCAUCGGCUACAAUUGUGGCAGAUAUCGAUGAUGUCUUGAUUCAAAUCCUCUCUUUUCUUCCAAUCAAAACUCUUUUAAGAUUCAAACGCGUAUCCAAACGCUGGCUUUCGCUCAUUACAAACCCUGUUUUCUCAAACCGUGUCAUCAAGUCCAACCACCCCUUACCCAUCUCUGGCUUUUUCUUACACUCACCAAGAGAGAUCAAGUAUAGCUUUGUCUCUCUUGAUGAUGACGCAACCAACCAACGGAUUUCAUCAUCAUUACCACUUUGGUUUACUGAUCAUCAAACAGAUAUGAUCAUAAUGCAAUCAACCAAUGGACUUCUCCUCUGCAAAUGUUCUUGUGCUUCUUCUAACCAUUUCAACACAAAUUACUAUGUUUAUAAUCCGACGACAAAACAGUACACUCUUCUCCAUCAGAUCGCCGGUCACAUCGCACUCUCAUUAGCCUUUGAUCCUUCAAGAUCUCCUCACUAUAAAGUCUUUUGCCUCAGAGGAAGAAGCAACAACUCUUUUUCUUCUGCCUCUGACUCUGAACUUUACCACAUAGAGGUUUAUUCCUCUAAUGAAGGACUUUGGAGAAGAGUUGUUCCAGUUCCAACCUCUCCUUCAACCUUUAUAGAGUUCAGCUACUCAGUCUUCUGGAAUGGCGCGGUUAACUGGUACGGUUUCAGCUCUAGAGAUUGCCUCUCUUUCGAUAUCAAUACACAGGAAAUCAAGAUUCUUCCACUCCCUGAUCAUGAACAUGAAGACGAACCGCUACCUGAUCCCAGGAUACUGAUGUUUCUGGAUGAAUCCCAGGGAAAUCUUUACUAUAUUGAGGUAAAUAAUCAGAGCUCUUCAAAUUUACGGGUUUACGAAAUGGAAAGCAACAGCUCAAGCUGGUCCGUGAAGUAUAAUGUUGAUUUAGAGCCUCUUGCAGCCGCUUUCCCCGAGAUGAUCAGAACCGAAUACUAUACCGAUAGGCGGAUUUACGCGUUCUCUGUCAUCGGUUUUGUAAAGGAAGAGACAGAUGCAGCAUCAUACAUUUUGCUCCACAUUCCAAACCAAGCUGUAAAGUACAACUUCAUAGACAAGACUUUCAAGAAACUUUGUGAUUUCAAGUCAUUGGUCAAUGAUGCUCCUGAGGAUCAUUUUUACAGAUUCCAAAGAACUUUCCAGUUCAUCAAGUCUCUUGCUAAUGUCUAA